CACCCAAGUCACUUUGCGGAUUGUCAUUAUCCUGGCAUCUCAGAACUGGCUUUGACAUCACAACACUCCGGAGUUUGCGUUUAAUUUCUUUCAAGCGUCAGCCUCAAACAUCCAAUGGUUUUCAAAUUCCACCCCACAAACCUGAAAGUGACCGAAAAUGUCACUUUUCAGUUUGGUUUUCUCUCAACACGCGCAUGCUAGGUCAAGGGAGGGUUGUUCCUCUAGUUCAGCCAAUGUUAUGACUACCCUCGAAUAUUUUGAACCUGACUAGCUUCAGCAAUAGGCUCGAAGCUAAUGUAGAGGCCAAAAUAUUAAACACAUUUAAAACUUAGAUAUUUAGAAGGUUGGCGUAUUUUCUUUUUAGGUGUUAAUUAAAAUUUCGUGUAAUUAACCUUCCAAUAGUUAAAGUUGGGUAUAAUUUUAAACGCAAUAUAACAUUGGCCAUUCAAAUAAACUCGUUUUUUGUGAAGUGUUUAAAAAAGUGAAAUGUGUAGAUUGCCUAGUUUCUGGGGGUAAGCGUUAAAUAUUUCAAAAAUUGUAAACCCAAUUUUGGAAUACUUGUACAAACUACACACAAAAUGGAGAGCUUAAGAGGGGAGUUAACCUCCCUCUACAAGAAACAGUUCAUGAAGCUCGACGCCGCGGACUGCGCAGGCAAGGACACAACUAGGAUGCGCAUCCAACUACUGGAGGCGUACGUCAAGGACCUAAAUGAGCAGAACGAGAUGUUGAUACAGAUGGUGGAGGAGGUUACGCAAGCAAAGGAAGACCUGAAUUACAGAGAGAGACAGAAGAUUCAGCAGAUUCAGAAGCUGAAGGAGUCCUACAACCAAGCAUCAGAGGAACUGGACAUAGAACGCGAGAACAACACGGCUUUUAAUUGUGAAAUUUCUGCCCUAAGAAACGAAAUCUGCCGAGUCCAGAGACUCUACGAGGAGAUACAGAAAGAGAACCGUAUCUUGAGCGAGUCUGUGACGGAGCAGCAGUGUCUAAUCAACAAGGCCCACACCAAGAUCUGCCAGCUGGAGGAGCAACUCAAGUGCUGCUCGUGUGAGAAUGAGCAGUACGAGAAACUACUCCAGACCACGCGCACAGAAUACGAGAUCUGUAAAACCAACGUGAGAAAUAUGGAGUGCACGAUUGAACACAUGAAAGAUGAACUGGGUCGAUUGGAAGAAAAGGAAGAAUGUUUAGAGAGAAACAACCAGCGACUCAUGAGGGACUUGGAAUGUGUCAACUCGGCCCUGGACCAGAAGUGUACGGACUGUUUGAACCUGGAGGCCCAGCUGAGUGACGUCACCAGAGAGCUGGAGAACACGGAGAAAAAACUCUGCAACUGUCACGAGGACGUCGAGGCGCUCAAGUGUAAGAUGGGCUGCUGCAUGGAGAAACUCAGGUGCACGGAGGAGAAUCUAGCCAACGUGGAGGCUGAAAAAAGGGAGCUGGAGAACUGCUUCAAGCGUUACCAGGACUGUCAUAGUUACACUGAUACUGAGUACAACUGUCUGGAAGAUGACUUAGCCAACACCUGUGCGAAGCUCAAAGACUGCAAGUGUGCCUUCGAGGAGAAGUGUCAACACGUCACCGACUUGAACAACGAACUUUGCUAUACCAAGGAGGAUUUGGCUGAGACGGAGGAGAAACUUCGUUGUGCCAACAAUGAGAUCUGCGGUCUUAAAAUGCGGAUAAGCGACAUGGAGCACGAAAUCUGCAACCUGAAAGACGAGAACUUCAUGUUGAACGACGACCUACGUCAAGCCCACGCCAGGAUCAACGUGUUGGAGAACAACAACCAGUGUUUGGAGAACGAGUGCAAGACAAACUGUCAGGCACUGGCUGAGCGGGAGGCAGAGGUCAACGCGCUAAAAGCUGACCUCCGUGACGCCACGUCUGAAAUUUAUCAACUCAAAGCCAUGAAUCAAAAUUGUGAGCGAGAGGUGAAUCAACUAACACUGGACAACGAGAAACUCAAGUCCGAUCUGUGUGAGGCAUGCACUAUGUAUAACACGUUAGCUAAGCGUGCUGAAUGUCUGGAACGAGAAGUUUCUGUUUCACAGAAGAGAAAUCAAGAACUUGAGUGUGAUCUCAAAGAUUUGAACAAUCAACUGGAACAAGUGUGCGGCGACAAAUCCUAUUGCCUACAGCAAGUCAACAAACUAGAGGUCGACCUGAACGCGGCUUGUAACGAAAUUCGUGACUUAAACAACCAGGUUGAUGAAUAUAAAAACCGUUUGUGUAGAAAAGAAGACGACUACAGAGAUUGUGAGACAGAACUUAGGAACUUGGACUGUCAGAAUCAGAAACUAGAAUGCAAGCUCAAAGAACUUGAAGAACAUAAUUGCUGUUUGAAGGACCACAUUCAAAAUGUUCAACAAAGUGCUGCAUUAGAGGACUCGCGGUACCAACAAGAGCUCCGCAGGUUAAAGGGUGAGCUGGAACAAGAAUGUCGUUGUCGUCGCGACCUGGAGUACCAGAUAGCAAGCAAGGACCAGCUGAUCAACUCACUCCGCUAUAAGUGUGGAUGCUAACUCACCAGUCCAACCAAUGUCCUAUUCUCUGUGCACACAGCGACACAGAGAUGAAAAAAAAAUAACUACCCAAGCCAACAAGCUUAAUAAAGUCUUAAAAUAAUAAACCUAUAAAGAGAAAAAAUACAAGAAAUAAAAUAUGUUUUUGAAGACAGUAGAGAUUCGCCAGGAUUUUGAACAAAGUGGCUAUUAAUUUUUAUUAAACGUAUAAU